AUGACUAAGAUGGACUGGGUGAGCCUCCGACGCAUCGAUUACGAGAAACAUUUCGACGAGUCACGCGUCCUGGGCGCGGAGAUCCCAGAUGAAUCUCUCGUUGGCAGUGAUAGCAGCGAUGAGGAUGAAGACUGGGACAUGCCCGAUGAUGACGAUGACGCUUUCAUGCAUCAGAUGGACAACUUCGCCGACGGAAGCAACGGUUCAAUGCCCGACUCGGAUCUGGAGUCGGACGCAGGAACAGACGAGCCAGAGCAAGGCGGGUACCUGGCCUUCCCACAAACGUACCCUGAUACUCCUAUGUCGGUACCUUGCUGUAAUGGUCACGUGGACGAUUUGGACGCCCUUGGCGAUGACGGCAUUUCCGUGUCUAACAUUCAGCGGUAA